CACGGUGCUCGAGACAUCGAGCAGUCAUUCUGAAACAUUGGCAUCGACUAGACGCACACAUAACGUCUCCACACAAAAAACCAUCCACAUUUCAACAUUGACGACAACGAACAAUACACUAAGUUCCUGUCCCCAUAGCUAACACCAAAAAUCGUGGAAUUUUCAAUUCGUUUACCUGUCGACUAAUUUACUAGAGCAAACUGUGUGGAAAAAAAUUGAAAAAAAAAUAAAUAAAAUAAAUGUAAAUCAUAAUUCAUAGUGAGUGAGAGUCCUUUGAAGGAUGUAAGUGAUUUAGAGACUUGGCACUAUUUUCCAUAAAUGUGAAAUGGCGUGCAGUUUUAAGAGAAGAAAAUGCAAAUUUAUGGAGCCGAAGCAAUCUUUCGAAAUCAACGAUUGAAUUAUUGCCAUUACACGACGGAAAUAAUUGUGAAAACGAAGAACAAAAAACAAACGCGAGCGUGGUACAAUUUGAUCACAAAGUGAUUUCAAACAGUUUAAAGUGUGCGCGUCUAUAUGUGAAUGUUAUUGACAACGAUUUAUCGGAUGUUGCGCCCAUCUCGAAAAUUCGUUGAAUUCAACCGAAUCAGUUAAAAUCGAACAGCAAUCAAAACAGUUUAAAUUGAUUUUUUUUAUUAAAACAAAAACUCACACCUUUGAGUGAUCGAUAAGUGUUUUUUGUUCCUUCCAAAUUUUCAUUCGGAAAACAACUCAAAGUUAAACGCCCUAACACCGACCGUAUUUUUUUUCGAGUGCAACCUCCAUCGAAGUGCUUUCUUGCGACAAGAAAAACGCAAAGAAAUACCAAAUCGAAAAGUAAGACGCCGGAACAAAUACGAAAAAAAAAGAAAAACAAAACGGUCGAGCCGAAAUUAAAAACGCUGUGAAAUCGAUACGGAGCACUUUUUAUGUGGCUUAUUGGGCCAAUGGGUGCGUGAAUGAGAUUGUGAUUGAAAUAUUUUUUUUAUGUUGUUGUUAUAUUGUUUCUCCGUUUUGAGCUUAAAAGAAAAGUUAAACAAGACUCUGGCAAUUUAUUAACCCUAAUUAUGACGGUGCAAAAUAAUUGAAACGAGAAAAUAGCAAGAAGAAAAUACCGUGUGUGACAUAUCGCUAAUGACCAGAACAUGUACGAAAAUGAGCGUGAAUUACUUGCUAAUAAUUGGAUUUAUUUCAAUACAAUGUAUCACUGGUCAAUCGAUAAUCGACAAUCGGUGCUAUUUAAAUGGUGGUGGUUCAGCUGAAAGUUUAGCAGCGAGUGAAGAUUUAAGCAUUGGAUCUGUGAUUGGAACAUUAAGUAUCAAUGGAAAUCCACGAUUAGAUAAUGGUAAUAUUUCGUUAAGCAUAAGAGAACGAGAUGCGCCAGUAUCCAUCUUGCCGGGUACAAAGAAUUUAGCAUUAAAUGUUGCGUUGGAUCGUGAAGGUAAAACGGGGCCCUCAUCGGUUUACGUAAAUGUCAUUUGUGUACGACGACACACAACCGAUCCGAGUUUUGUCAUACCUGUUAAUGUUCGGGUCGUUGAUGUAAAUGAUAAUUCACCGCAAUGGAUUGGAGCUCCGUACAUACUCUCAAUAUCAGAAGUGACCGUUCCAGGCACAAGAAUUUUGCAGGGAGCUCGUGCUGUUGACGAAGAUGAAAAUGGGCCGUAUUCAACGGUUGAGUAUCGUGUGUUGGACGGUGCAUUUUCUGAUUAUGUAACCUUUGUCACGCCGCUGGAAGGUACACUUGUCUUGCGCAAACCGCUCGAUUAUGAAACGAUCAGAAAUUUUACGUUAACGUUGCGUGCACAAGAUCAAGGAAAUCCACCACGUUAUUCAGACACAACGCUCGACGUUAUAAUCAUCGACGCUGACGAUCAAAAUCCAAAAUUUUUACGUGAUUCGUAUUGGGCCGAUUUACCAGUUGACGGUCGAGUUGGUGAAUUGAAAAUUUUACCCGAACCGAUUAGAGCUAUUGAUCAAGAUGCUGGUAUAUUGGCGCCCAUUCGUUAUACCAUUAUGAACUCGCCGGAGUCACGUUUCUUUGAAAUCAAUGCACGAACCGGUGCUGUCACUUUAAAAGUACCGCUUGGUCAAAUGGAUUUGGUGCACAGCAUCACAUUGGUGAUUCGUGCCACACAAGUUGAUAACAAUGAUCGGUAUGCGUUGACAACGUUGAUUAUUUCACGUAAAGAUUCGGAACGAAAUCGGCAAUAUGAUGGAUUUGCAUUCGUUCAAGCAAAAUUCUAUACGCGCAUCAACGAAGACAUUGGCAUCGGCAGUCGACUAAUGGCUCUACCAACGAAUCGCCCUGGUCGUGCAAUUCAGUAUUUUAUUUUAGGCCAUGAUGCAUCGAAAAUGUUUCGAAUCGGUCCAUUGGGCGAGAUAAUAUUGCAAAAACCACUCGAUUAUGAAAAUCAAACGAAACAUCAUUUUCAAGUAUUGGGCACGGACGGUGUUUCAAAUGCAACGGCCGAUGUGGUCAUUGAUGUUUUAGAUGUAAACGAUUGGGAGCCACGCUUUCGUGAAACAACAUACGAUUUUUCCAUUCCAAAAUUCGUCGAUAACACACGACCAUAUCCACUUGGUAAAUUAGAAGCGGCCGAUGGAGAUCGCUUUGAUAAAAUUAAUUUGGAUGUGAAAGGUUCGUAUGCUGAAUACUUUCGAAUCGACCCGGAUGGAAUGCUGUGGUUACAACCUCAUUCACCGAAUAUAAGUGUCAUGCAUUUAGUCGCCACUGCAACGGACACAGGACUUCCGCCAAAGCAAAGCUCCGUUCCGAUAACAAUCACGAAUGACAGCAUUGAAUUAGCACAAACAAGUUGGGCACCCGGCAUACUAGCUGCAUUCGCCGCUGUAUUUGCGAUAUUUAUUUUAAUUAUACUGGCAAUGUGCAGUUAUAUAUACAAGAAAGAGCCUAAAAUCACCGGACGAAAUCGCGUUCACAGCACCGACCACAGUGCCUCAUCAGGAUCGAAAUUAGUUGGAAACGGUGAAAAUAUGCCAGCGGUUAACGGAAGCAAUGACAUACAUGCUAUCAAAAAUCCAAAUUUACGUUUGGCCAAUCCGUUAACAUCUUUAUCGGCGCUAAAUAAUAAUCACCACGGUUCUGGCAGUUCUUUAUCAGCAGGCGCUUCGACAAUUCUGGCCGCAACUUUAGAACGUGAAGCACAACGUGAUAGAGACAUGGAAAAUUACACAGCAACUGUGCGAAGUAUAAUAUCGAGAGCGUCAGCCGCUCGCGGGGGUAAUUUAUACGAUGAUGACCUAGAGCAUGAUUCGAUUUCAAAUUCAGAAACAAAUAAUCGACUCGCAUGGAAUUUGCCAGAGGACACACGAGCCAUGCACACACCAAACAAGCUGAGCUGGAGCAACGGAGGAUUGAAUCCAUUGCGAAAGACUGACACUAUGGAUUCCAGCGAUAUAAUCGAUUCAACGGAAAAUGCCGUUUACUUUUAAGACGACAAGUUUAUCUUUUAUAAAACAGCUUAAAUGAAGUUACGUUAUCUUUUGUAAAUUGUGCAGUUAUGUAUUAUGACAUAGGUGUAGAUGAAUUUCGUUAGACGUUUAGAUUGAUGAUGAUGAUGAUUUUUUUUAUUAUUGAUACCAAAGUAAUCGAUAACCGGAACAUCUCGCUCUAUGCCAAUCACUCUCAUCAAUAGUUUUGUGUACAGUUUUUUUCUUCUCAAUAAAAUGACUUCCUUUAUUUUGGUGUACUGCUGACACACAAUACAUACAAAAAUUUGAGAAAAAAAUCUUUCGAUUCAUAAUUCAUAAUUCAUUCAACAUAAAAA